AUGGCGCCUCUCGCGCCCACGCUGCACGUCGCAUGCGCCGCCACGGCCCAGCCCUGCUACCCCGGAAACGCCACCUCCGGGACCACAAACUACGACAUCCGCUUCUCAACAAGCAUACUCAACAUCAACGACACUAACAUCCGCCCCAAGCCCAAGGUACCGUUCAACCGGUACUGCUUCGCGGUGACUGGCCAGGCGCCCUGCGGCGCCGCAGAGGCCUGCUGCCAAGCUGUCAGCGACGCGUUCAGGCUUACGACGGCGUCCAUCAAGAUCGACCCCAAGUGCAUCGUCGGUGGCCUGACCUCAAACAUCACAUUCACUCUGCGAAACGGCAGCUCCGCCAAGAGUCUCGUGGGGUGGAGCGUGCGCAAAGCAUCCAAGGCCGCGGCCGCGAGCCUCAGGGUGUCGCUGGACCGCAAGGCGGCGAGGGGCCUCACCUCCCUGGAGGUCUGUGUCAACCUGCCAGUCGCUCCCGGCCUGUGCAGCACACUCGAGGCGCUGUGCGGCGGCGCGGCCUGUUCAGCCAACCUCACCACCACCACGACGCGCCUCAAGGGGCAGCCCAAAUCCAAGAAGCUGCCCUGCUGCAUCAGCAGCAGCAUCAACCCCGCGGCAGAGGCGUGCCCGCCCUGCGGCGCGACUUCCUACAGCUCUACCCCCGGCAACCCCCAGUGCACCCAGUGCCCCCGCGGCCAGGCCGCCAACACGGAGCGCACCGGCUGCGUACCAUUGCCCACCACCAGCUUGCGCCAGAUCACCUUCACCAACAACUGCCCCAAAACCGUCUGGAUGAUGUCAGCGCCCAACGCCGGUGUCAGCCCCUUGCCCGGCAGCCCCGCCCAGAUCGCGACGGGCCAAUCCUUUGCCUUCAACAUCCCCAGCGCCGGAUGGGCCGGGCGGUUCUGGCCCAAGGGCGGCUGCGACGGAUCUGGCACCAACUGCGCCUUCGGUGACUCAUCGCCGCCCUGCCCGCCCACCGGCUGCCAGCCGCCGGCUGACACCAAGGUCGAGUUCUUCUUCUCGGACGCGGCGACUACUGGUGUGUCGUGGUAUGACGUCAGCCUGGUCGACGGCUACAGCCUGCCCAUGCGAAUCGUGCCCAGCGGGGCCCAGUCGGGCAGCUGCACGGCAACUACCUGCUCCCUGGGGCUGGACAGGUGCCCCCAGGACGAGGCGGCCGGAUUAGGAGAUCUGAGGGUCUUCGUCGGCGGGCAGGCUGUGGCCUGCCUGUCCCCCUGCAAGCGCUGGAACUACCCCGCGCCGUACGGCCUGGGCAAGCCCGAGACCCAGGCGCCGGGCAUCGACAUGUGCUGCCCCACGCCCCCCAUCUCGUCCCAGCAGUGCAGGGCGGGGCCGGUAGUGACCACAAAGUACGUCAAUCUUGUGCGCCAGAGCUGCCCCACGGCCUACAGCUUCGCGUAUGAUGACCUGGCGGGCCUCCACAAUUGCCCGACUUCCACCAGCUUCGCGGUCACCUCCGUCGCCGGUCCGGCCGCAAUGAGGGCGGCACGCAUCGCCCUGCUGCUGCUGGCGCUCGUCGCCGCGGCACAGGCGCAGGCCGACCGCAGGCUCCUCAACGGCCAGGAGCCGCCCCCAAAGGAUCAAGAGCCCCCCAAGGGCGAGGAGCCGCCCAAGGGCUACUGGCAGCCCCACGAGCCGGAGGGCGGCCACCCCGGCUACCCUGGCAAGCCCUGGCUCCACGAGCCCCACCUGCCGGUGCACCCGGUGCCCGGCCACAUUCCCCCGGAGUGGCUGAGGGGGGGCCCCGUCAAGGCUGACGACAAGCAGGGCGGCCAUUGCAAGCUGAUUGCUGACAAACCAGAGCUGGGCCGCAGGGGGUAA